AUGUACUGGAAACCUUUGGUAUCCACUCUCUCUAUUGCCAGUUCAGUCUUGGGAAAGAUCCUCUAUGCAGGGGUUAACGAGUCUGGUGGCGAAUUCGGCGUGUGGUCUCCUGGAAACGUGGGAUUCGGUCUUCCUGGUCGCUUCAACGUCGAUUAUUCCUUUAUCAACAAGACAACUGUCGACAUAUUUGUCGAUGAAGAGAAAAUCAAUGUCUUCCGGGUCACUUUCCUGAUGGAACGAAUGUGCCCUCUUUCCUACGGCCUUGGAAGCCGAUUCAACGAGACCUACUUCGUUCAUUUCGCUGACGCUGUAAAUUAUAUAACUAUCGCGAAGGACGCGUACGUCAUCAUCGACCCCCACAAUUACAUGCGGUACAAUGAACCUUCCCAACAACCAUUUUCGGGCAGCGUCAUCGGCAAUUCCUCCGACCCUACCGCAGCCACCACGAAGCAAUUCCAGCAAUUCUGGUCCGAACUCGCCCGGCGUUUCGUCCACAACCCUAAAGUCAUUUUCGGAAUCAACAACGAGCCGCACGACAUGCCCACCGAGCUCGUCCUCGAGAACAAUCAAGCGGCGAUAAACGGGAUACGCGCAGUAGGCGCUCGACAGCUUAUUUUGGCCCCUGGCAAUGCUUGGACGGGUGGACAUUCGUGGACCGAGAAGAGCGGCCCCGCCGGAGAGUAUGCCCCGUCGAGCGAGGUCAUGAACAACCUGUUUGAUCCUGUCCACAACACCGCUCUGGAUAUUCAUGAGUACCUCGAUAUUGACUUCUCAGGCUCUCACGAUGAGUGCGCGCAACCUGGACCAUCGAAUUUGGCAGCUUUGACGGCGUGGCUGAAGGAAAACAGGAUGAAAGCUAUCAUCAGCGAAUUUGGCGGUGGAAACAACCAAAACUGUAUCGACAUGCUCAAUGAGAUGUUGGAAUAUAUCGCUGCAAAUGACGAGUACAUUGGAUGGGUGGCCUGGGCUGCUGGCCCAUUAUGGGGAACUGCCUCUCCUUGCUGCGGACCAAGCACAGGAAGUCUGGAGCCCGGCGGCGUGACGGUUAACGAGACGCCAAACGCCUUCGAGACGGUGUGGCCUGCUGCUCUUAAGCCCAACAUCCCCGUUAGAGGUCUGAAGCGCUCUGGAAUCUCGAGUCUCCGUUAG